AUGAAGGCCAGAUCGCCAGAAGGUUCUGUGGGGCUCUGUCGGCGCUCCGUCCACGCUGAGAAGCACUCGCCCUCAGGACGAACACCGUUCAACAUGGGAGCCUGGACUUACAGCAAAGUCUUCCUUCUCUUGUACAUGACCAUGAUGUGGCACAGUCCGCCUGUGUACGGCCUCACUACGCAGGAAGCGGCACAGCUGAAUAAACUGGCCAGAUCGCCAGAAGGUUCUGUGGGGCUCGGUCGGCGCUCUGUCCACGCUGAGAGGAACUCGCUCAAAGGACGAACACCGUUCAACAUGGGAGCCUGGACUUACAGCAAAGUCUUCCUUCUCCUGUACAUGACCACGAUGUGGCAAAGUACCCCUGUGUACGGCCUCACUACGCAGGAAGCGGACCAGCUGAAAAGUCUACUGUCAGAGGUGACGGCGAAGGUUGAAGAGGCGAGAGUGGAGGUGAGAAACACCCGGCUCUACUCCCUGGGACAGAGACUCGUCUUCACCACUGCCCCCGAGCAUGAAACAGCCUUCACCUGCGAGAGGGGCACCCUACAGCUGUCUUGCUCGGACAGAAAGACGCUGUUGAUCGUGGAGGCGAACUAUGGCAGGACGACCGCCUCCCACUCCUGUGCCUGCUCCACCUGUCGUACCAACUGCCGCGCGGCCACAAGCCUGGCCGUGGUCAGGGCCACCUGUCAGGGCAAGCGGCAGUGCUCAGUGACAGCGAGUUCCAGUGUUUUCGGUGGAGACCCUUGUUACGGAGUGCAGAAGUACUUGGAGGUAUCAUACCGCUGUAUCACAGAAAGCAACGUCGCUCUUCGCAAGACGGCAAGUUGUAGUUCUGCUCCAUCACACUGGGGACCUGAGAAGGCUGUAGACGGUUCCAGGGGUACGAGGGUAACCUGGUACAAUCAGUGCACUCACACUAACCGCGUGUACCAGCCGUGGUGGAAGGUGGACUUAGGAGGCACCUACCCAGUCAACCGGGUCAGCGUCCUGAACAGGGGCGACUGUUGUGGAGAUCGACUGAGAAACUUUAUGGUGAGAGUUGGCCCGAAUGAGGACUUCACCCGGAAUGACCAGUGUGGGGAGACUUACACGGCCACUCCGCGGAAUGGAGCGACAGUCGUGGUGUACUGCGACCAGCCGAUGACCGGCCGUUUCGUCUCCAUUCAGCUGAUCGGACGGGCGGACAACCUCCAACUCUGCGAGGUGGAUGUCUUCGCUGAAACGGUCCUUCAGUACACCAGCCUGGGUUGUUGGAGGGACUCUCAUACCCGCGCCAUGGCGUAUCUAGAGGGGACGAAUUCACUCUUGGAUGGUGACUACCAGAGCCGUCAUCACGCCAUCCAGAAGUGUUACCUGGCAGCACUGUCUCGUGACUUCACCGUGUUUGGUGUACAGCAUGGCGGACAGUGUUUCGGGUCUGCUAAUGGCAUCAACACUUACAACAGGUACGGACCUACUACAACCUGCGCAGCGGACGGCGAAGGCGGGGCUUGGGGAAAUGAGGUCUACAAGAUUACAGGUCUACUGUCAGAGGUGACGGCGAAGGUUGAAGAGGCGAGAGUGGAGGUGAGAAACACCCGGCUGUACUCCCUGGGACAGAGACUCGUCUUCACCACUGCCCCCGAGCAUGAAACAGCCUUCACCUGCGAGAGGGGCACCCUACAGCUGUCUUGCUCGGACAGAAAGACGCUGUUGAUCGUGGAGGCGAACUACGGCAGGACGACCGCCUCCCACUCCUGUGCCUGCUCCACCUGUCGCACCAACUGCCGCGCGGCCACCAGCCUGGCCGUGGUGAGGGCCGCCUGUCAGGGCAAGCGGCAGUGCUCAGUGACAGCGAGUAGCAGCGUUUUCGGUGGAGACCCUUGUUACGGAGUGCAGAAGUACUUGGAGGUAUCAUACCGCUGUAUCACAGAAAGCAACGUCGCUCUUCGCAAGACGGCAAGUUGUAGUUCUGCUCCAUCACACUGGGGACCUGAGAAGGCUGUAGACGGUUCCAGGGGUACGAGGGUAACCUGGUACAAUCAGUGCACUCACACUAACCACGUGUACCAGCCGUGGUGGAAGGUGGACUUAGGAGGCACCUACCCAGUCAACCGGGUCAGCGUCCUGAACAGGGGCGACUGUUGUGGAGAUCGACUGAGAAACUUUAUGGUGAGAGUUGGCCCGAAUGAGGACUUCACCCGGAAUGACCAGUGUGGGGAGACUUACACGGCCACUCCGCGGAAUGGAGCGACAGUCGUGGUGUACUGCGACCAGCCGAUGACCGGCCGGUACGUCUCCAUUCAGCUGAUCGGACGGGCGGACAACCUCCAACUCUGCGAGGUGGAUGUCUUCGCUGAAACGGGGUAG